AUGGAAAAGAAGAGGUUGAAGGUUGUUUUGAAGAAUAUUGAUAGAGUUAGUUUGACUACUGAUCUGCGGAAUUCAAGGUCUGAAUAUCCAACAUCAAAUAUAUUUCUUGCAGAGCUUUGUAAGGUGAAAGUUUUGUUGGAUAAACAUGCUAAGGAUGAAAAUGAAUUUGUGAAGACCAUGGUGAGGAAGAUGAAAGGGAAAUUUGAUAAAUAUUGGGGAGAGUGCAAUUUGUUGAUGUUUAUAGCUGCUGUUCUGGACCCUAGGUGCAAAAUGAGAGUGUUGGACUAUGCUUUCCCCAAGAUUUAUGGUGAUCUUGAAGCACGAGCUCAUUUUACAACAAUUCGGGAUGCCUUGUACUAG